CGGAGGGCCCCGGCGUUCCUCGAGGCGCGGAAGGCAACCUGGGAGCCGUAGUUCUCCUGGACGCCUACCGGUUUUGCCAGCGCGGCGGUGGCAAAUCGCUCGGUUCCAGCCAGUAGGUACUGUGAGGGCGAGCUGAGGCGGAGAAAGGGCGCGGAACUGGAAACGGGUGAGUCAGGCACUGUCUACGCGUUAAAGAGAGGCGGCACCGCGGCGUAGGGUUAAGUUAAGUUAGCGCGGCCCCCCGCGCAGUCUCUUUAGGGACACCGCGGUCUUAGCGUCAGCGAGCAGAGGGUGAGGAGGCUCCAGAGCCCGGUCCUUGCACCCGUACUCGUCCUCAGCUCCCCGCCAGCAUCUCCACCAUGCAGUCCCGGGAAGAAGCUCCGCGCUCUCGCCGCCUCGCUAGUCCCCGCGGCGGAAGGCGGCCCAAGAGGCUUUCCAAGCCCUCGGUUUCGGCUUUUUUCACAGGCCCGGAGGAGCUGAAGGACACGGCCCAUUCCGCAGCCCUGCUGGCCCAGCUCAAGUCCUUCUAUGACGCGCGGCUGCUCUGUGAUGUGACUAUCGAGGUGGUCACCCCUGGCAGCGGGCCUGGCACGGGCCGCCUUUUUUCCUGCAACCGUAACGUGCUGGCUGCCGCGUGUCCCUACUUCAAGAGCAUGUUCACCGGCGGCAUGUACGAGAGUCACCAGACGAACGUGACCAUGCACGAUGUGGAUGCCGAGUCCUUCGAGGUGCUGGUCGAUUACUGCUACACGGGUCGUGUGUCAUUAAGUGAGGCCAACGUGCAGCGCCUGUACGCCGCCUCCGACAUGCUGCAGCUGGAGUAUGUGCGUGAAGCCUGUGCCUCCUUCCUAGCCCGCCGCCUUGAUCUGGCCAACUGCACGGCCAUCCUCAAGUUCGCCGACGCCUUCGACCAUCACAAGCUGCGAUCACAGGCCCAGUCGUUUAUAGCCCACAACUUCAAGCAGCUCAGCCGCAUGGGUUCGAUUCGGGAGGAGUCUCUGGCAGAUCUGACCCUGGCCCAGCUGCUGGCCGUUCUGCGCCUGGACAGUCUAGACGUCGAGAGUGAGCGGACAGUGUGCCACGUGGCAGUGCAGUGGUUGGAGGCGGCUCCCAAGGAGCGGGGUCCCAGCGCUGCAGAAGUCUUCAAGUGUGUCCGCUGGACACACUUCACCGAUGAAGAUCAGGAUUACCUGGAAGGACUGCUGACCAAGCCCAUUGUGAGGAAAUACUGUCUGGACCUUAUCGAAGGAGCCCUGCAGAUGCGGUAUGGUGACAUGUUGUACAAGUCUCUGGUGCCCAAGCCAGAGAGCAGCAGUGGCUGCAGCUCUGUUGUGUCCAUGGCAGAAAAUCCACCUCAGAGGCUGGGUAUGUGUGCCAAGGAGAUGGUGAUCUUCUUUGGACAUCCCAGAGAUCCCUUUCUGUGCUAUGACCCAUACUCAGGGGACAUUUACACAAUGCCAUCACCUUUGACCAGCUUGGCUCACACUAAGACUGUCACCUCCUCAGCUGUCUGUGUCUCUCCAGACCAUGACAUCUAUCUGGCCGCCCAGCCCAGGAAAGACCUCUGGGUGUAUAAACCAGCCCAGAAUAGUUGGCAGCAACUUGCUGACCGCCUGCUCUGCCGUGAGGGCAUGGAUGUGGCAUACCUCAAUGGCUACAUUUACAUUUUGGGUGGGCGAGACCCUAUUACUGGAGUUAAAUUAAAGGAAGUGGAAUGCUACAGUGUCCAGAGGAACCAGUGGGCCUUAGUGGCUCCUGUACCGCAUUCCUUCUAUUCCUUUGAACUAAUAGUGGUUCAGAACUAUCUUUAUGCUGUGAACAGUAAGCGCAUGCUCUGCUAUGAUCCUAGCCAUAAUAUGUGGCUGAACUGUGCUUCUCUUAAACGCAGUGACUUUCAGGAAGCCUGUGUCUUCAAUGAUGAGAUCUAUUGUAUCUGUGACAUCCCAGUCAUGAAGGUGUAUAACCCAGCCAGGGGAGAAUGGAGGCGGAUUAGUAAUAUUCCCCUGGACUCUGAGACCCACAACUAUCAGAUUGUCAAUCAUGGCCAAAAGUUGCUCCUCAUCACUUCUACAACCCCACAAUGGAAAAAAAACCGGGUGACUGUGUAUGAAUAUGAUACUAGGGAAGACCAGUGGAUUAAUAUAGGUACCAUGCUAGGUCUUUUGCAGUUUGACUCUGGGUUUAUUUGCCUCUGUGCUCGUGUUUAUCCCUCCUGCCUUGAACCUGGUCAGAGUUUCAUCACUGAGGAAGAUGAUGCACGGAGUGAGUCUAGUACUGAAUGGGACUUAGAUGGAUUCAGUGAACUGGACUCUGAGUCAGGAAGUUCAAGUUCUUUUUCUGAUGAUGAAGUCUGGGUACAGGUAGCGCCGCAACGAAAUGCACAGGAUCAGCAGGGUUCUUUGUAAAUAUUUUGAAAUACUAAGAUGUUUCUACUGCUAUGGAAUAUAUCUUAAAAAGAUGUCCUUUUCUUUUCCUGAAAAAAAAAUAAAAUUGAUUAGGCCUGCAGGUUUGGUUUAGAAAGGGUAAUGUCUGAAUUGCUACUGUAAUGUUACAAAGUUUAAAACAGUCCAUGAAAUCAACUAUAUAAUAAUUUACUGUGCAGAAAGUCGAGAUUAAAGUAUGCAAAACAAUGAACCAUAUAAUUGAUUAGAAUGCUUGGUGGUUUUCUUUGUUCAAGUAUUUGUUGCACCAGUGAAUCGUUUUGAUUAGU